ACAGCACUCACGGAGGGAGUGAGGCGAAAGCUGUGUUUGUUUCCCAAACACUUUAUGCUGUGUUUUAGUUUUCGGUUUGUUCUAGGAAAUGUCUGAGAAUCGUUUCAAAGUGUCGAAGGCCGAUCCUGAUGGAACUACAGAACCAAAGGAAACUUACAGACGAGUCAAUCUGUCAACGGAUAUUGAAGUAAAUAUCAUCGAGCCAUGUAUGUGACACUUUUUUUUUGUGAAAUGUUAACCACGUGCGAUCAAAAUAUCUCUCGUAUUUUGUCACACUUCAGUUGUUCAGUGGAUUUUUGUCAGACUGGCAUUCUACUGUUGUUUUUCACUGGUUUAAGACGACAGUUUGAAAAGAAAAUGGAGAAAAUGAAAAUGGAGUGGACUUCACAUUGUUUUUUUUCGUGCUGGUAGUGUACGCGUAUAAGGUUUCCUACGAAUUUUUUAUCCUGCAGCGCCGGAGAGAUUAGGAAACAAGAGCUUCAAAGAGGUUUUGGUUCCCGGGAACGCGGGAAAUCUAGCAUUAUAUGAGGUAUUUUAAAACUUUGUUGAUAUUGUCAAUUAAAUCUUGAGAGUUUUCUGGUUUAGAGCGUCUUUAACUUCAUUACGCAAGUACACUGUUCAUUUUAUGAUCCUUUCGAUCUCUCUUUUGUGCAGGAUGAAAUUCAAAGACGACCGAGGAUUUCGACGCUGCUCGAGAGUUUAUCAAGAUACGAAGCCGUGGCUCCUACUCAAGAAGACGAUGAAGAAGGAGCUGAAGCAAAAACGACGACAGCCUCUCAGGUAAAAAUGAAAAUAAAAAGCCCAUAUUACUUUGAACAAAGCGGAGUCUAGUGAUCGCUUUGUGUACAUUUCGGUCUUAUGCAAAUUGUUCUUUGAAAAUGGCGUAAAUAAUAGAUAAGGUUAAAAGUUCACAACGCGGCGUAGUAUUAAAUAUAAACUAAAUAAGUUUACUUAAAACUAAAUAAACAUUCCCGUCAAAAUAUUAAUGAAGUCUGAGGGUCGCCGCGAGAGUGUUCUUUUUAAGUAAAUUUGUAAUGAAACAAAUAAGUUUAAAUGAGCUUCUUCUAAACUAAAGCUUUGUUUUGUCUAUGUGACAAUUGAAGGUGUCUACACUAACAGUCGCAAAUAGUUUUAUUUGUGUCCCUCCGUCAGUCGAUCAUGAUUUGCUAAAACAUUUCCUAAUUUGCUUCUCCCAAUAAAUCAAUAAAAUUACUAGAACACUGUCAUAUUUUUUAGAAAAAUAUUGUAAAUUGGUAAGCUGUUUACAAAUUUCAUAAUUUAAAAUACAUGUUAAGUGAUGGAAAAAUCCUCCUCUAUUACACGCAUAUAAUGCAGCAUUGCUCCGAUGUUAUUCUGAAUUUAAGCAUUGUUAGUGAUCAUUAAGGGACGGACCAUUAGAAAAGUUAUGGGGGGGGAGGGGAAUUUUCGAGCUGCAGGAAUUUUUUUUCGUUACCAAAUUCCUUGUAUGAAUUUUUUUCAGGCCCUUGCAUGAAUAUUUCUUAGGGUUAAUUGGCUUGCAAGAAUUUUUUUUCAUUUAAUUUUCCCUUGCGCGAAUUUUUUUUUUGUACUUCGCCCGCCCCCCCCAUAAGUUUUCUAAUGGUCCGUCCCUAAUUUAAACUUAGAGACCAGACACAGAAAGACAGCCUCUAUUAAUAAUUAAUCAUUAAAGUAAGUGCAAGAAAUAUUUAGAAUUUAAGCCCCUAUCUGCAUCUGCCUAAAAUUUUGUGGCCCCUUCAUGGGAGUGGCCCUCUCGUACAAGAGGUCUUACUAUAUGGUAUAUAGUGCUCGGAAAUGCACUCGACUUUGUAUUUUUGUGUUGCCUAUAGAGAUCUUUUGUAAGAGGUCCCUGUGGGAGGGGGUGUACAUAUGUCCAGGGUUUGAGCUGUAGCAUUUGAUCAUGGGGGGACAAAUUGUCCCCCCUGGCUAAAAUUCUGGGGGACAUUUUUAUUUUUAGAUGGACAGAAAUUUGUACACCCUUCUGCUGAUGCAAAGGGGUUUGUCCUCUUAGAUUUCCGACAAAAAUAGCAGAACAUCGCCUCCUUUUCAUAGCGCUACCACGUGUGAUCUCUUGAUUUUUUCAGUUUACUUCGACCCUCAUCCGGCCGUUUCUUCCUGAUUAACACACUGAUCUUCUUCUGUAUCAUUUUUCUCUGAUUCACCCUGGCUUUCCUUUGGAGCAAAAAAGCUUUCUAAUGUUCAAACACGUUUUCGAUGUGACAUGUUAAUGAUUGCCAGGCGCAUUCACCACGCUUGGUUGAGCAUGAGACGUACGUGUUCAGUAGAGCGCAUGACUGAAAUGUGACUUUAGAAUGAACUUUAAAUGUGCGAUAAAAUAUAUUUUCCAAGUUCUGUUUUAGCUUGCAAUUUCUGUACUGAAAUAAAUCUCUUCAUGUGUGCUUCCUUUUGAGCUUUUUCCCCUAAAUUUUGAAGGGGACAAAUUGUCCCCUUGGCCAUUUUUUUAAGGGACAAUUUUAAUUGUAGUGCAGGAUUGGCACAAUGGCGCGCGGCCUGGCUCAAACCCUGCAUAUGUCCCUGGUCUGAAUUUCAAAACCUGUUGUUUUUUAAUUUUAUAUUGUUGUUUAUAUUCUCUCUGAGCUUUGUUGCUGUUACAAUUUCGACUGAUGUUUGUGUUAUUUGUUGCUAUUUUAUCUGCCACAGUCACAGCAGUCUGUCACUUGUCAGAAUUUUACCGUAAGCGAGGUGGUUGCAAAUGAAAGUUCCAAUGCUUAUAAAUUAUUUUAUGCAAUGAAUAAAUAAAUUUAUCAAAGAAACAUUUUAAUAAGCUCAUUAUUAAGCCACAUGUGUUACAUAAUUAUGAAACCAAACAAGAACAUAAAACAUAGCAGAAGUUUUAUUCUCAGGCUACUAAAAAUAAAUUGUUAAUAAUUUUUGUGCUUUACUUUUUGACUAUAGUCAGCCAAAAUGGGUACGCUUAUGGGUGUGUACCUUCCUACAAUCCAGAACAUCUUUGGUGUAAUCCUGUUUAUACGUUUAUCAUGGAUAGUGGGGGUCGCAGGAAUACUACAAGCUUUCUUAAUAGUCUUCAUCUGCUGUUGUUGUGUAAGUAAAUCACUCUAAGGCCAGAAAACAAGAUUCUCCCAAUUCAGUGUAUAAUCAUACCUGUAAGGAAACAAAUCAGACCCAGUUUCGUGGUUGUCUGCUUUUGUUAAUCACUCAUACUAUUACCAACAGGAUUGGACUCCAAUCAGUCCUUAAUUGCCAUUUCAAAUUUUACUUGAAAAUGGGUCUACAUUGUCAAAGUCUGCUCCUUAAAAUCUCUUUAUGAUUGCUAAAAUUCUAGGAAACUCAAGAAAAAAAGCUCUAAACCUUGCAUUAUUCAAGUGCUGAGCGUUAAGUUCUUGUGUAAAUGCUAAGAUUUCCUAGUUGCCCAAAUGGCGAGAAUAAGUUGCCAAGGGCCACCUACUAGUGGCACUGCAGCAAAGCUCUGUUCUUUGUUUUCUUUUCCCUGCUCAUUGUUGAUACAGAAAGGGGGUAGCUAUAGAUGGGGGGUUAGGUGGGGGCAAUAUACCUGCUGACUUCUGCUAAGUCAAUUGUGUGAGAUUUUUGUCUUGUCAAAACUGGAAUUUUCGAUAAUGUUCCAGUGACUUCUGAGGAUUUCCAAUGAUUUUCCAAAGGCUUCUGAAGCAUGCCGGCAAUGUCCACAGAUGUCCAGGCAAUCUUUGAGCUUUUCCGAAGCUAUUUAAAAGGCAACAAUUUUAGCUUGUUGUGAUACAACUCAGGGACCCAAAGUGAACAUUAACGACCUUUUUGGAAUAAUUUUGGGAUAUUGAAUUUAAGUUUGGUUACUAACAUGCAUUAAUUAAAAAACAAUUUGUCUGGAUUUGUGAGUAAAGCAUGAUAAAUAAUUAUCACCUUGAUGCGCAAGAUCAAUCAGUUUUGUUUGUCAAGAUAACUUUGUCCGCAAUCUUGUGCAGAGUGAAGAGAUCUUUCAAACCAUACCAGAAUGAGCACAAUUCAGUCAAGGACACCAGAGAAAAAGGCAAAAAACCAUCAUGUAGCAUUGACCUAAAAAACACUAAGAGAAAAAAGCCAAUAAUGCAUGUAACAUUGACCUGAAAAUUUCCCUGAAAAUUUUGUUCCACUACCUUCCUACCUUUCCUUUCAUCUAAUCCUAAGAUCCUAAAAGCUUUCCGAAAAACUUUUCCCACCAAAAUGAAGCCUGCUAAAUGCGAAAAGAGAAAAAAAAAUUGAGGCAAGCUAGAAAAGCGAAAAAGAGGGGAGGAGAGAACGCGAAAAGUAAAAGUCAAAAAAUGUUCCUUUCUGCACAUGCCCGAACUUUGGAAGCUAAUAUAUGGCAUCUGGAUUAGAAGGCCACAAAGUGUACAACCUGUAGAAACGGCUUUGUGGUAAGUUUAUAGCACCACAGUGUCCAGAAACCCUCAACUAGCUUCAAAUCGCGUUUUUCGGCAAAAUUGCCAUAGGUGAAUGGGUUAAUAUGAAAGCUAACUUUAUUUUCUGUUUUUCUCCUUGAUUUUAGACAAUGCUGACUGCCAUUUCCAUGAGUGCCAUAGCCACCAAUGGAGUGGUUCCAGGUGCUAAUUUGCUUUUCUCCCCUAAUUUUACAAAUUAUAAACAAGCACACAGAAGGCCAUUUUCUAUAUAUUGCCUGCAGAAUGUGAUCCUUCCUCUUAAGGGACACAAUAGGGCCAUUUAUACGAGGAAAAAUAAGACGCGUCUUACAUAAGACGCGUCUUAAAUAAGACGCGUCUUAAAUAAGAUGCGAACUUUCUGUAUAAACGGCACAUUUCGUCUAAAAUAAGACGCGGCUUAGCUAAGUCGCGUCUUAUUAGGUAAGACAUGCUCGUAUAAAUGGUACAGUUCGCGUCUUAUGUAAGACACGUCUUAUUUUUCCUCGUAUAAAUGGCCCUAAUGUUCUAGCUUACUGAUAAGAUACAUAAAGCAAACUGAAUUAAUUUUGAUGAGUGGAAACUACAUUGUGUAUUUGCAUUGGGAGAUGAGUGAGGUGGAUUUGGGAAACUGUACACAUCUAGAUAUGCCCCUGCUUUAUAGUUGACUCUGGUAAUGAAAUUGUUGAUUAAUAGACCUGUGUGUAAUCACUCAUUGUAACUCCGUUUUUGUGAUUGCCUUAGGUGGAGGUGCCUAUUUUAUGAUUUCACGAGCUCUUGGCCCUGAGUUUGGAGGAGCUGUAGGGCUUCUGUUUUAUCUUGGAACUACGUUUGCUUCUUCUAUGUACAUACUAGGUGCUAUUGAGAUACUUCUGGUAAGUAGUGCAGUCAGGGUUUUCUGGCUUGACCUCUUGUCUUGUAAAGAUAAGGUGAAUAAUUAUAUUGCCUGUAUAUGAAUAAACCUUCAAUAUAGACACUUCCAAGUCUGUGCUCUUAAGCUCCAAUCCUGGGAAAACUAGGUAGUCCAGCAAUUUUUUGGAAAACUAAGAAAUUAUUUUUGGCACCCACUGGAAGAAGUAUGUGGUAACUGUGGGUAGAAGGGUGGGGGUGGUUGUUGAAGGGUACUUGCAAGUAAUGCUAGGCUGAUGGAAAGAUAGGGAUGUGCUGCUGGAUGGGGUCACAUGACUGGAUGGACUGUAAUGUCAUUACGUAUUUUUCAGUAGAGUUACUAGAAUGGGAUCACACAUUUUUGGGUUUCUAGGAGUAGUGAUUCAAAAAAUGUGUCAGUUUAUUUUAGGUUGACCAAGUUAAAACGCUCUGUAAGCUAAAUGCAUAAACAGAAAUCAAAUUACAUUUGCCCUAAAGUGACUAAGAUGGGGUCUAUAACUGGCUGCAGAAUAGACCAUAAUAGGGUUGGGGUUCUGAGAGGUCUGUGACACAUACCAAACAAAAAUUAAACCAAGUUCCCCCCCUUCCCCCCUCCCCCCCUGGAUGUGAGGGGUGCUAUGCUAACUGACUGAAAAAACGGUUCAAAGAACUAACUUGGUGAAGUUCAGAUCCAGCCGUCUAGAAAUCAACUCAGUGAGUCAUGUAGGAGUACUGACACUUGCUUAACCCAGCCACUUAAGUGUCUGUUCCUGUAUGUGUAUGUCCAAAAUGACCAGAACUCUGUGGUUUAGGUCCAUGUACUUUGUAGGGAGUUUUUACUUUUAGCCUAAGAAUCUUUGUUUGUUGUUCUAUAGAUACUCUUUCUUUCCUUUUUUUCAGACAUACAUGGCACCGUCAAUGUCUUUAUUUGGAGAUGUAAGAUCAGGAGGUGGAGCCACAUCACCUGUAAUGCUAAAUAACAUGCGUGUUUAUGGCUCCAUUCUCCUUGUUUUACUUGUCGGAGUGGUUUUUAUUGGAGUCAAGUAUGUCAACAAGUGUGCAUCUCUUUUUCUGGCCUGUGUUUUGUUCUCGAUUCUGGCCAUUUAUCUUGGGUUCUUUUCAGCUCAAGCACGAGAAAUGCCAAGGUAAUACUAACAAAGAGUCACACAAUUAUUUUUUUAAAGUUUAUUAGAGGUACCAUAGGAAACUUUUUUUCUUGGCUGGCUGAUGGACCAAGAUGUUCGUUGGCGAAAUAAUUAUUCUCUUUGUCAUUUCAAAUACAACUUUGUUUUUCCACAUAAAAUAAGUGUUUAUUGCUUUGGGGCCAAAAUUUGAUCAUCUAGUUUGCUCUUGAAGUGCAGCUAGACAAUCAGUCUCAUUUUAACACAUUAACAAGUGUUCUGUUCAUUUUUAAGUUGUAUGACUCGACUCUUGAUCGAUCACAAAGUGUGACCAUUGAUUCAAAAUGAUAGCUUUAUGAUUAAUGCUUUCCUUAUUUGAUGCUGUUUAAUAACACAGUUUGCAUAAGAAUAUAGUUUACUUAGUUUCUCUGCAAAAACAAAAAUAUAUAGCUACACAAGAGUGUACAAGGAAAGAACAUACAAUAAAAAAAGGUUACAGUAGUCAUAAAAUACAUUGAAAGGUAUAAAUAGAUAAUUAAUAAUCGUUUUGAUCCCCACGGACUCCAUUAAUUCUUUUUUUUCCUCUCUUCUUCCUAGAAUUUGCUUGUUAGGUUCCAAGUUGUUAGCCAGUACCAGUUAUCAUGAAUGUUCAAGAAAUGACACAUUGCUCAGUCAGGCAUAUGGUAAUGAUGAACAGUUCUGGCGAAGCAAUCCACUGUCAUAUGUGAAUGGAGUGCCUGGAAUCACCAGUGAUUCUUUUGUUGGUGAGUACCUUACAAAAAUAAACCGUGUCUUCAAAAGGGGGCCAGAAAUUAAAGAGAACAUAACCUGCAAGGACUACAGACUUAUUAGGGACCUUACGAAACUACUACGGCGACGGCAACGGGAACGUCUAUUAAAGCGCAAUUGUUGCUAUGAGCAAAACAACAACUCUGCUCUUGCCACACGCUUUUUCGUUCAUUUCUUUCCCGGUUUUGCACAACUACAAUGUGAAAUGAACAAAUUUCAAGUUGACUUGAGAAAGGGAGCGGCGAGGAACGCGGUCCCCUCUCUUCAGUUCCAGACUUGGCAUGAGGGAGAAAAAGUUUCAAAGGAUGGGUAGUCUCUAUUUUUCAGUGACGUUUUCAUUGGCGUCGCCGUUGUGGGAUUUAGUAUUAUUUACUGGCGUGAACCCAAGGGGAGGGGCGGGGGCGGGGGGGGGGGAAUACUCAAGAAAGUUUUAUAUGGCAAGACUCCUCCCCAAGGUCCAACCCCUUACCCUAAGGCUUUUAUCCGUAUAAUUUUUCCAAUUUUGACAGAAGAUGUACCCCUUUCGUUUAUGAACUGUAAUAACAAAACAGCAAAGAAUAAAGACUCGAGUAUUCCAGAUUUUUCGAACGGACAAUUCCGUUUUUCUUCGAGGUACAGUUCAUUGGUUUUUGUUAAAAAGCAACAUUUGGAUACCGUCAUAAAUAUAAAAGUCCCUUUAUUAUACCCUCUAUUGAACAAAUGGUACUCCUUGCACAUACCUUGUUUAGGCCGUUAUAGGGAGCACUCACUUGGGGUAUAAAGAUCAUUAUUCUCAAGUCUUACAAUUUUGCUGGCCCUCUGUAUAAAACACUUACUUUCAGGCAUGGUCUGUUGAGGCAUUUUUUUUUAAAAAAUUAUUUUUAUCAUUAGGGAGCUUUAGAUUUAAGAACGAGAACGAGUACGAGUACGAGAUUUAACUUAAAGUUUUUGCUUGUGCUCUUAAAAAAGGACACCCCGGAAAGCUUCAUAUGACUUUUUUUCCACCCAAAACUUUAGUACGGUUAUUUAUAUUGAAGGAGGUUAAGCCCUCUCCCGAUAGCAAAAUGAUAAAACUGCUUAUUUUUGAUAUCUUGUCCCCGCCACUAUGACAUUCUCGCUAAAAUUGCAGUAGAAUGACGACGGUUACCACAUUUUCUCGCCAAAAUGACGCUGGUUCACGCUUGAGCAAUACUCAGAUUGAGAGAAUCUCCUACUCAUAGUCAUCCUCGUCUCAGAGUCUAAAGCUCCCCAAACCCCUAAUUACCUGGUAGUCAACACAAAGUUGGCAUUGAUUAAACAAGGACUUUGAUCUUUAAAUUAAUGCCAACUUUGUGUGAAUUGCCAUAGUGAGUACUCAACGUACAUAAACUUAUCUGGGAUUCAAUCAAAGAUUAUGUUUCUGUAAAAGAGACUCAUUCUGUGAGUGAAUUGAGAUGGGAAGUUUCUCUUUAUCACCUUGAAGCCGGUUUGGAGUCAUGGGUGGCCAUUUUAUAUUGUAUGCAAAGAGUAAAUUUUGAGGAUCUACGAUAGAUGGAAAAAAGAAAGAGAGGAAAGAGGUAAAUUGUAUGCAAAAGAGGAAGUCCGGAACUUUAAAUUGGUUCUUUUCUGCAGUAGUGUAGUCAUACCCAUGGUCUUUUGCUGCUGGAGUUUAGGUGACCCAAAUAUUACUAGAAUUGAAAAGAGCAUUCCUGGUCAGAUUAGUAACUGGCCAAGUUCAUGGCUUAUGACAUUUACAAAUGAGUGUUAAUGAAGAUGUGACUGUUGCCCAUUCUUGCUGCGCCAAAAAGAAAACAAAAACAAAACAAAACAAAAACAACCUUUUCCCUCCCAAUUAAUUACUGGGACCAUUUUGCUUACCUUUGCAUGCUCGUUUCUAAAUUCGAGAGUUGUUUCAAUGAUAUCUGAUAAUAGGAAGUUGAGAUGAAUAAAAAAAAUGAUGACUUAAGCUGCAAUUGACCUAUCGCAACAAAAUUUCACUCUUUGUCACGGCAGAAAAAACUAAAUGUUGUGUCCAUUUUUUGUGAUCAGCAUAUAAUAAUCUAUUUGCAUUGCUUAUAGAUAACUGGAACAGUAAGUAUCUGAAAAAAGACGAGGUUUCGCCCGGAGUAGAGGCUGGUGCAUAUGAAGGAGAAGUGAGGUCUGAUGUCACAACCUCAUUCUUUAUUCUCUUGGCAAUUUUCUUCCCUUCUGUUACUGGUAGGUAAUUGCACAAUUUUAGGUCUCCUAAACGUUUUGUACAGUGUCUACCUCCAGCAUUAUUGAUUUUUACGGAAAUGGAGCGAUUUCACCUGUAUAACUUGAGUACAAUUAUGGCAGAUUUAUUUAACGAUUUAUGAGUAGUUUCUCCGUGUUGCGGACGAGUGCAGUCAGCAAAUGACGUAACACAAAAAGUUGAAAAGACACUCAACAAUACCAACACCACAACACAAAAGCGAAUCACAAUGGUUUCCGCAACACCAAGAAAGACCCGAUUUAUCUAACCGCACCUUCAAAAUUUCCUUUUGUCUUUGUUGUCUAGUGCAAUUUGGACCAGUUGUAGGCUCGUUUUCAGGAAGUGGAAUUUUUCUGGGAAUAGAAAGAAGUGUGACGUCACGUUACCAUGGUAGCAAAAUUUUUAGAUCACAACAAAAGGGAGCUUAGGCAACAACGACGGCGACAGCAACGAGAACGGCAAAAAAACAAUAAGUCUAUAUUAGGAAAACAACAACUUUGCACGUGCAUCGCGCUUUUUGCAUAUUUUUUAGCCAUCGUUGCAUGACUGCGACAUGAAACGUCUUAAUUUCACGCGCCCGCUUUACGGAGUAAGAGAACAUAACGCAAAAAGUUUCUUUUUCGCUUUCUAAACUCGGGUAUAGUGCGUUCGGAUUCAAUCCAGAAAAUUUCGCUGAUAUUUGACAAAAUCGUUGAAGUUUGAAACAGUGCGAAUUUACGUUUUUAAGUGAAUUUUUGGUUUGUUGUCAUCCAAAAAUUUUGCUAACAUGGCAACGUGACGUAAUGACUUCUCCUUUCUAUUGCAUGCUAGCUAAAUUCCUAACUUGCCACUUUCAGCCUAAUCAGUUCCUUACUCGCGGAUUUUUACCGUGUACACCUGUAUGUAUACAUUUAUGAUUUUGUUGUUCUAAAGGGAUAAUGGCAGGCUCAAAUAGAUCUGGUGACUUAAGAGACGCACAGCUGUCUAUUCCCAAGGGAACAAUAGCAGCAAUUGCAACCACAUCUGUGGUCUGUAUCCUUUUAUGUCCUUGUUAAAGACAGUACUGUUUGCUCUGAGAAAUUAUCGGGAGUGGCCAAGGUUUCUUACCUUUCAGACCAGCUGAACCCAAAGGACUAGCAAGAGUUACUGUUGUACUUGUGAGUUGAUUGUUUCUCAUAUCCCUCGGGCACUGCGAUCCAGAAUACUUGUGUUUUGUUAUGAUCUUCUCCGUUAAGAACUACAUGCACUUCUACAGAAAUCGUGAUCUCAAAGGUCUCUACCUAAAAAAUCAAAAAAUACUGUUGCACAAAGUUGUGAACGUAACCUAAAUCCAAGCAUCAAAGGGUGACUAGUCAUUGAACCAUAGGACAAAGUCUCCCAUCUAAAACUACCUUAACUCUGAGACUCUUAUUAUUAUUACUAUAACCCUCCCCUUGGUGGUUAAUACUUUACCAGUAACUUUCCUUCGAGAUGCGUAUGCAUAUCCGCAGUUUGCGUGAUAACAUAUCUUAUAACUUAAUUUGUUGAUGACUCAUACUCAGUCUGUAAAUCUUUCUGGCCUGUUGGAUGUUACACAGACCUUAACAAAGGUUCAGAUCUCACAUCAGUGCUGCUGUUUGGUGCAACAGUCAAUGGAGACCUGCUAAGAGACAAGUACGUACGAUGCUCUGCACUUCAAUUACCGGCCCAGAUUAAAAAAAAAGAUCCAGAUUUUUGCACAACAAAAUACUAAAGCUAAACACAACCUUUUGUAGAUUUGGUCGCAGUAUUGGCAGUGUCCUGGUUGUGGCUGAGAUUGCCUGGCCUCCUACAAAAUGGGUGAUUCUUAUAGGUUCACUUCUGUCUACUGUGGGUGCAGGGAUGCAGAGUUUAACUGGGUGAGUAUCAUCGCGUUGGUUAUUUAUGCUACUGUAGUAACAACGGCAUGGGUUACCGGCCGUUUCGCUACAAAGCCAUUUCGCUGCCUAUCAAAGUACGGUUUCGCAGCAAAGUCUUUCCGCAUCAGUUUGGAAAACAUGCAAAAAAUGGCGAUGUUUUGAAAGAUGUAUAAGCUUAAGUUUUUCUUAGCCAUGACGUUUUUGCAAACUUAAUGGCUUUUGAAAGAGCCGUUAGUUCCGCGUUACCCUCAAUGCACGACAUCAGACUAAUCAAGUCCGAGACUUCAGGAUUUCCUUGGCGUGGCUUAUGUGUAAGAUUGCAAACAUUUUAUAUUGCCUGUCAAUGGGUUCGUGUAGUUUCUUAGUCUUGCAGAUGUUGUGACCGGCACUAAAUGAUACAAUAGAAAAAUUGAAUAGAUACUUAACUAGACUGACAAAUAUACCACAACACCGUUUGGCUUCAAUCUCAUGGUGUUUACGUGAAAGAAAACUAAAUGUUCCUCAGUCUAACUGUAUUUCGGGCCGGCUUUAGUGCUCACAGUUGUAUGAGGUAGUGUUUGUUACCAUGAUUGUAUGUUUUGACGGGAGCUUAAACAACUACGACAAUUACGGCGGCGAGAACUUAAAAAAAAGCACUGAAAAACGAACGAACAAAUUAUUGGAUCAUUAUGAACAAAACAACAGCUCUGCACGUGCAUCACACUUUUUGUUAUAUUUAUAAGUCAAGUGCACCAGACUCGGACAAAGACGUGAACUUCUUAACGCGACGUUCUAUAAGGAGGAAAUGAACACUAGACGAUGAAUUUUCCUUUCUCUAUUUUAACUUUUACGAAAUCAACUGCAGGAAAAUUCGCCUACAUUUGACAAAUUGAGGGAGGCUAAAGUUUGAGUGAACAUAAUUACACUUUUUGCCCUCAUCGUCGUAGUUGCUUCAGCUCUCUUUUGUGUCAUUAGGUUUUUAAAAAGAUGUUUCAGGUUUUUAACCAUUAAUUUCGGCACUGAUUUUUACAGGGCACCUCGUCUGCUACAGGCCAUAGCUAGAGACAAUCUGAUUCCGUUUCUGAACAUAUUCAGUUAUGGCUCCAAGUCAGGUGAACCCACACGAGCCUUGAUGCUUACAGCAUGUAUUGCCGAGAUUGGAAUAUUGAUUGCCAACUUGGACUCAGUCGCGCCUAUCAUAACCAUGUGAGUUUUUCUCUUUAUUCCUUCCUCUAUUCGCCACUUUGAGGUUGCGUGGGGGACCGGGUCGACAUGGUUGUCAAAGUGCAUUGUGGGACUCUUUUUGGGGGACGAAUUUGCCGCCAUGUUGAAAAUGCUUCUCCCAAAACAGUCCAACAAUGCACUUUGACAACCUCGAUCCGGUCUCCCGGGCAACUUCAAAAUGGUGAUUUGUUAUCAGCCUCGGUUCCCACGAAGAAUGGAAUGCAGAAAACCCCCUCCAUAGCACCUCAAAAAUACAGAGUAAACUACAGGAAAACCUAGCGGAUUUUACUAAGAAAAUCGAGAGAUUAAGGGUCACGUUUACGGCAAACGGCAAACGGCAGAUUUAAGUUGAGAAUUUCUCAGAAUAGAAAUAAGCAGAUAAAAACUGUCCAGAACAUUUCUUAUGAAUAAAACUGGCGUGAAACUACUUAUUUUUGAGUAGAAGUAAUAAAAAAGGGAAAACUUGGUCAUGUGGUACAAAUUAGUGUAAACGUGAAUCUUAAUCUCUCUGAUGUCGAACAAAAAGGAUGGGAAUAUGUUCGAAAGCAGAGGAAGACUGGGGAGAGUAAACCUUGCAGUGACGUCAACAUUUUCCCGAUGACAACAUUUGACUGCGACUACCAGAAUUUAUUUCGUUUUCGUUUUUAAUUUAAAUUUGUCAAUUCCGCUGAGGUUUAGAAAGCAAUAGCCCUAAUUUGCUCAAGAGAAUAACAAAUUGAGGAUUCUGGUAGUUGUAGUAAAAUGACGUCAUCGUCGAGAAGGCACAACCUGGGGGAACUCUUUUGUUUUACGUCGAUAACUCGUGACAGUAAUAACUGAUAAACUUGAGGUCGACGGUGCGCUCAUUUUAUCCCCCUCUCUCCAUCAAUGCUCUGUUUUAUUGGUGUUUAAAGCUAGUUAAAGCUAGACAGAAAGGAGAGAAGUUGAAACAAGGAUGUCAUGUCAAGGGGAAUCGAACUCGGGACCUCGCACACCGAAGGCCGCGCAAGUUAGCUAUAAUCAUCUCAUAUCCAACAAGUGCGAGUGGAAUAAUUGUUUAAUUAAAAACGCCAACAAAAUAUCGAGAAUUCUUCCCGACUUUAUUUGUAAAAGCAACCGAUUUUCAGCUUGUUUUUAAUUUUGAGCAGAUGCGUACUGUUACCAUAUUUGGGGAGCAUGGUACAGUGGCUCAUAUAACAUGAUGGCUAAGCCAACAGGAGCUCUAGAAUUGCAUUAUCCAAUGAUUCAGUUUUUAAUAAUUCCUAGUAUUUUUGAGCAGUUGUCGUGGGAGGCGUCUAUUAGACAGCGGGUGUUUACUAGAGAGGGGUGUCCAAUACAAAUUUAGCAUUGUAGGGGUGGACGUUUAUUAGAUAAGAGGCCUUUAUUUUAAGAGUGGGCGUCUAUUAGAUCAUUUACAGUAAUGGUAGCCGCUGCCCUUUUUGUAGUGGUCUCAAACCAACAGUAACUUAUGCCAUAACUGAAUUAGUUUUUUUGUAGGAGAUUUUAAUCACCUGGGCCCAGUUGUUCGAAGGCCGAUUAGGGCAAACCUAGGGUUAAAUUUUAACCCGGGUCUCUCUUUCAUUUCAUCUCUUUUUAGAGUACCCAAUCAUCAAAUUGUCAGUGACAAAAAGAAUUGAACUGAAUUUGCUUUUUCAGCUUUCAUAUCUGAAUUCAAAUUUCGAACUAACCCUGGGUUAUCUUAACCCAGCUUUAAACAACCCGGCCUUGACAUUUAUUAUAAACUAGUACUCCUGCAUGAACUUGAUGACUGUAUUCUGCUUUUAACAGGUUCUUUUUGAUGUGCUAUGGGUUUGUCAAUUUGGCCUGCGUGCUGCAGUCUUUGCUACGAACACCCAACUGGAGACCGCGAUUCAAGUAUUAUCACUGGUAAGUUGAAUUGAUCUUAGAAUGGAAUAAUAGCUAUGUGUGCGAUAAAGGAGUCGUAAACAAGCCUACGUAUGCUGUACUAAAAACACCAGGUUGACCCCCUUUGGAGACGAGGUGCCAAGCAAUACCUCCACUGGUUACAGCUGUUUUACAACUGUUUAUACCAUAGUUAGAACUCGCCUCUAUGUAACAGCGCAGCGAAACACGACAAUAAGCUGAAGCACUGGUAUUAAUCCCAUUGUGGGCGAAAAUGUAUUUGCCGAGAUAGCUACCUCUCAAUGACAAUAAUAUUUAACAAACAGACAACAAUUUUCCAUGGUCUGUACUCUUAUAGUCCAUAGAAAUGACGUUGAAAUGUUCAAAUCUUAAGUGGAACCACGAGCCGUAGGCGACUGGUCUCACUGCAAAGUUUCAUAUAGUUUAUAGGGGGCCAUCAGCUUAUCAGCUCCUAUUGUAACUGUCAAAUGUUACCCUCUAAAUAAAGUCUCCACUCCAAUCCACGGGUUUAUUAUAGUAUAUCUUUGUCUUUACCAGGUUCACGUCAUUCCUAGGCAUAUGCCUGUGUUUAGCUCUUAUGUUUAUCUCCAGCUGGUAUUAUGCUUUGGUUGCUAUGAUUAUAGCUGCUGCUAUUUACAAGUACAUCGAAUUUCAAGGGUAAGAACUUCUUUUAGCACUGUGUCACCUUUUGAGCCAUUCUAAGACCAUUUCCGAGCAGCCACAAGCCUUAGUUUUAAAGUGGGGGUGUGUGCAAAGUCUUUGAUAUAUGAAAUUCAAAAUUAUUUUUUCUUCUUUGGUAAGGAUAACUCAUUUCGACAAUAAGGGUGUUGAAAUUACCCCAUUUUGAAAGUGGUGGGGCCAACCUUCACCUAUUCCGGCCAAACAAGGUUUGUGAUUGGCUGGGAAAACAAUGGGGAUAGUGAAAUAACAAUGCCCCUAACCCUGAAAACAAUAGGAAGUGCAGGUUAUAGGGUCCAAUAAAAUAAGAGGUUUGAAUGGGUGCAGGUCAAUCAAAGUUAUAGCUUUGCGCUUGGGCUUUAUCUUCUAGGGAGCUUAAGCAAUAACAACGGCGACGGCUACGAAAACGUCACUUAAAAAGUGAAGUAGUGCUGCCUCAAACUUUAUCGUGCUUAUUCCAUCUCACUUAAUUGUUCAAACGUUGGUAAAUUUCUUUGGAGUGUAAUGCUAAAGGAUUGUAUCAAAGAUCAGGAAAAGAAAAAGAAAAUUGUUGUUUUGUGUUCCCGUCCUUGAAAAAAUGUGAAAUUACGCACUUUCACGUUGUGGUAGUGCAACGAAGGCUACGAAAUGUACAAAAAAAGCGUGAAGCACGUGCAAAGUUGUUAUUUUGCCGUUCUCGUUGCCGUGGUUGCUUAAGCUCCCUGUUAGUGACUUUAAGAUCCAACUACGCGGACGGCAACGAGAACGUCGAAAAAACAAUAGGUUUUAUAUUAAGCAGAACAACAACUUUGCACGUGCAUCACGCUUUCUGUACAUUUCUUUGCAAGUUUUUGCACGACUACGACGCGUUUUAUGGACUACGUAAACAAGCAUCGGCGAAAUUUUAUUUCUUUUCCUGAACUUGGGUAUGGUCCCUGUAUUCAAUUCCUGGAGGGUUGGCUACAUUUGACAAAGUAAGUGGGUAGAAAAAAGUGACGUUCUCGUUGCCGUCAAGGCGUUGAAUCUGAAAGUGUUUAUUACAGUGAAACCUGGAUUAAGCGGACACCCUCGGAAAUGCUGUAGUGUCCGCUUAAUACAGGGUGUCCGCCUAAUACAGUUUUCGAUAAAUAACGUUAUAUGAGAUGUCAAAUGCCACUCAAAUGAACAGUGGAAACGUCUACAAUACUCCCAGAGACUAUGACGAUAUACGUUUGCAUUAAUUUCUUUAUCAAAGUUAUCCAAUUGAUCAUAGUACCAUAAACAUAGAUUUCAACUCAAAUUUGAAGAAAUCAGAUGAGUGAAACAAGUUCUAUACAAACAAAACGAAAUAGAAAACAAUAUAGUACGGUGAAACUAAUCAAAUAAGUUCGUCAAGUCAAGUUUUUAAAUGUAAAAAUAGAAAAAAAUGUGGGUGGCGAUUCGAGGCAAUCUUUCGCAUUUCCGGUGUCUGGCAUGUUGGGUGGUGGAAUUUAAUUACAAUGUCCGUUUAAUAGAGGUUGGCAACAAUAGAAAUGACCAUUUCAGGUAGUUUUUAGGUGUCCGCGUCCGCUUAAUAGAGGUGUCCGCUUUAUAAAGGUUUCAUUUAAAGUAAAUAAGGAAAAUAAAGUUUGGGACUUCGGCUGCUGUCCGCUUAAUAGAGGGUGUCCGCUUAAUACAGGUUUCACUGUAUAUGGCUGAAUUCGUGAGCGGGCAAGAUGAAGCAAAUCCUGCGUUCUGAUUUGCUACCCGAGAGGGCAAGAUGGGCCCAUCUCGGGAUUUCCCGCGUUGGUCCCGCAAGAAAAAGUUCUCUUAUUGGCCAUAUAAUGUAUCCUUAAUUGACUAACUUGUACGAUUAAGAUGGCUUUGACUGGCCUCGGUCUUUUUUUUUGCGUUUUUUUAUUGACCUCGAGUUCGUCUCGGUCUAUAAAAACGCGAGCAUGUUAUUGUAGCAAACCUGGAAAAUUUAAUAAAGUGCAUGAUUUUGAAUCCCUUGCUAUUUGCAGCGCAAAGAUCGAGUGGGGAGACGGAUUUAGAGGACUGGCUCUGAGUGCUGCCAGAUACAGUCUACUGAGGCUGGAGGAAGGUCCACCCCACACUAAGAACUGGAGGUUCGUAACAGUUUUUAGUAAUAUCCAACUAGUGGUCUAUUAUCAAUGCUGCGUUCUGAUUGGUUGAGCUACUACUAGGCGAUAUGUUAUGUUUUUGGCGGCAAAAAGGGAUUAAAGUCCAGCUUUAACUACCUAAAUUUUUUUUAUUCUCGAUAUUUUUGACCAACUAGUUGGAUUUUACUAAAACAAUUAUUCCUCCCGCCCUCAUGGCCUCUGAGUCAACAGCCCAUUCGGCCUUCGGCCUCAUGAACUAUUGACUCAGAGCACAUUCGGGCUCGAGAAAUAGUUGUUAAAUAACUCACCCACCUAACAAUAUACACUUAAUGUCAGGUGCCGAGGGAAACCGUUAGUUUUGUUUUCCCUAGAGUCCUGAUGUUUCGCUAGACGAAUUAAUAAAUACUUUCUGGGUUAAUUUCUUGAAUUUCGACUCUACAUCACUCGCUGAUAACCGUGAGUUAACGGAGCUGCGUUGUAUUUUAAGAACUAUAAAAAUAAUGAAACAAAAAUCUAACGAACACAAAAAUACAAGAGAACUUGGUUAGAAGAUAAACAAAACUGAAGAAGAUUUCAACGAAUUGCAUGCGUUGUUUAAACUGUUCAGCUUUUAAGCUAACAGUAUUUCAGCGGGGACCCCUGUUGUUUGUUAUUUCGAAGGAGAUACGUGUUUCUCACCAAGCUGUUAUUUUUUCAUUUGGAAGAAAAUUCUUCGCUGUUGUUGAUUAUCAUUGUUAGUCAUUAGGCACGAAAAAAGGAAACAAAAACAAGCAGCAACAACAAAAUGGACUAAGCUGCCGUGACAGAAUCCUGUAAAGGCAAACGAAAUGUCUAGGUUUUCCCACCGGCUGUAAUCGCCUGUAAAGAACAAUGGAAAAUGUAGACCUAAACACACUGUGGUGUUUUUAUUGUUUCUUUGCAGACCUCAGAUUCUUGUUCUGUGUGCCUUGAAAAAGAACUAUGAACCAGAGUCAAGGCGCUUGUUGAGCCUGGCUAGUCAACUAAAACAUGGUUAGUAUUUUUCUCCGGAUUGUUAUUUCUUUUUAUCUUGUUUGGUGGGUUAUUUUUUUCUGUGCACAAAUAAUUUUCAACUAUUAGGUUGACCAACAACUAGGGUAUGGGGUGCUACCAGAGUCAAAUGAAAAUUGAAACCAAACUUUUAAAAUUACAGUUUGCCGGUGAAAUUAUAGGAAACGAAUGGUGAAGAAUCUUUAUUUUAGUGGUCACUCCAAUGAUUUUAUCCACAGGGUCAAAAGUUAGAACUAAAUUCUAAAUGAAUAGUAUCAUGUGAAAUUGCUGCGAAACAGGUUUCAUAAUACAAUACAAUACUUUAUUCAAGAGAUAAAAAAACAAAAUAUCUCCUCUCGAAAGGGUAUGUCUAGAGGUUUUGAAUGGUCACAUCCCAGGGAUGAAAAAUGUAGAACUUGAUACUAAUUAAACAGUACCAUAUAAAAGUACUGCUGAAGAGGUUUCGGUUUGAGAGGUCACACCAUAGGACUUCAUCCACAGACUAAAAAGUUAGAAAUACGUAUUAAAAAAUAGUACCAUUUGAAAUUACUGCUGAAGAGCUUUCAUUUGAAUGGUAACACCAUAGGGUUUUCAUCCACAGACUCAAAGGAGAAGUCGCAAACUAACAGAGAACAAUCUUGCUUUGCAGGGCGUGGUCUUACUAUAGUAGGUUCCAUUUUGGAAGGAGAUUUUAACGAAAGGGCUGAAGAUGUAGCUUUAGCUAAAGAGGUAAAGGACAACUGUGAGUUUAGUUUAGGUGCUGCGCUUGUCGCGAAUAAUAACCGCAGCGAUAAGUUCGAAUCAAUCUCGAUGAUACCUCUGAGGUCAGCCAGAGCGGUUGUUUUUGAGGUACUCUUAAGUUUAAGCUUUUAAAAUGCAUUUAGCUCUAGGCAGGUUUAGCUCACAAGGGUAGAAUACUAUUUGAAAGAAAUCAAAUUUUUAAAAAUGUUUUUAUGGUACAUUUUUCCCUUCAGUGUAUUCCUUUUAGUUUCAACACAAGGAGCCAGUAAUUACAACGUUAUAACUGACUAAGCUUUUACAUUUGUCCAACCCUCACAACUAAACAUGAUUGUUUAGAUUGUUUAAGGUUUUACAUUUGUCCAACCCUCACAACUUAACAUUAUUGUAGUUGCUGUCACUGUGCUACAUGUAACAGCGGCAAAAAAGGUUAGAGUCUACAAAACAGCUAUGGAUGCCUGAAAAGGCAGGCUUCGUGCAUGCGUUCGCUGCGACGGUAUGUUUUAGCCAUCGUGGUUCAUGUUUAAUCUUACAGGUGUUAAAAGACUGCAUGAAGGAAGAAAAAGUUAAAGGAUUUAUGAAGGUCUUAGUAGCUUCAACAGCUGCAGAGGGAAUAUCAUUUUUGUGAGUCUUGAUAUUUUUUGUAGCUUACUGAUUGAAGUGCAAGCCCUGUGGCUGGAUUUAUCACUGCCCAGUGGAUAAGCAUGCAUAUCACUGCGCUUUUCACAGACAUGCGAACUAUAAAGUUCAAAAGCCGCCUUCACAGUUGCGUUUUUCGCUGCCGUCAAUCAUAAUUACGAUCACAAGCAACGAACCUGGAAACACAGAAACACACAAAACGGAUCAAAAUCCACCAAUCACAAAUCACAAACGAUGACCUUUUGAACCCGGUGAAGGAAAGUAUUGUUUCCUAAGAGGUCCGUUAAGGUGACUGACGGCAGCGAAAAACGUAAUCGUCAGUUGGCUUUUGAAUUUCAGAAUUCGCGUUUUUGAAAAGCGCAGUAACAAAACUAAACGUGUUUUGGAUAAUUAACGUUAAAUGGAUCUAACCAAUAAUGACUCGAUUUAAGCACGCUGGCGAGUCGUCGACGUCACUCAAGUUAAUAUGCAAACAAACAAGGUGUUAUUUUUAUGGCUUAAUCUUAGUUAACUAUGGAACGUUUAGAAAAAUGUCAAUAAUAGAAAUGAAAAUAUUUAUUACCUCACAUUGCGCAAACUUCGAUCCAACAAUAUUUUUCAUAAGCGCAUUUCAUACAUUU